AAACUAGAAGAGUGGAGCCAAGAAAUAGUUAAUCUCUCCGGCUGCUGCUGUGAUUGGCCGCUGUGUGCAGCGCUUCAGCCUCCUUGAAUGAGAAACAGGGGUAACCAGGCAACUUCAGUGCUGGAGAGAAGAAGAAGAAGAAAAAGAAGAAAAGAAAAGAGGAAAAAGAUUUGUAUUUUUUUUUUUACUGGAUCUUAGAGUGAGGAUUUUGAACCAGCAGAGACAGUGUGAUUUCACCCCGUGUGUCCUGCAACUGGAAUUAACAAAUGGAUUUCUCUUAAACUCGCUGCCUCCUUUCUGCCUCACUCUCUCUCCCCUUCUCUCUCACUCACACUGGGGGGAAAUAGAGCGCUCAAAUGAAGGAGACACAGAUGUGGAUUAAAACGCAUAAAUGGGACAGAACAGCAUUCGCCUAGAGAGAAGAGUGCUCGGAGCAAGUGACGGUGAUGGGCUGUCGGACUGCGUCUGAAGUGCUCUGCCAAAGAAUUAUAUCCACCCCUGACCUACUCUGAAGAAAAAUAUUUGAUUCAAUCAAUGCUGUAGACUCCUCAGGGGGGAAUUACACCUGAGCAAUAGGUGGGCCCUCAGGAGAAAAUCAACGGUGGACCACGUGAUACUUGACCUUCACAAAGAGAACUCAGACACACUCGAGAAGAUGUCGCAUCUGAUCUGAAGCUGCUAUUGAGACGGUCGCCCAGCUCAUGUGUUGCUCAACAAUACUCGGACGUCAUGAGCCACCAGUGAAGGAGCAUAAUUAUCAAUGGUGGAUCUUCAUUCAUUGAGGAGUACGAAGCACCUCACUAUGGAUGUGAAGGAGAUUUUCUCCACCAAAGAGCGACUGUGAAAGAGACGGAACUGGGGGCUUUGGAGACUGGGAGUGAGGAGGAUUAGCAAGUGUGCUGCUCACCCAUGGUGCAUCUACUGUGAGCACGUCAAGGGAUUCAGCAGUGGAGGAUGUCAGCAGAGGCCGAGCUCCAGCCGGGUGUCAAAACCAGCCAGCGGAAGGAGUCCAGGAGGAUCAAAGGUCAGGACCGCACUGAGGCGGGGCUUAUUAAGCGUUUCCGUGGAGAUGGCGUACGGUACAAGGCCAAGCUGAUCGGGAUUGAUGAGGUGACAGCAGCGCGCGGGGACAAGCUGUGCCAGGACUCCAUGAUGAAGCUGAAGGGAAUGGCAUCCUCGGCACGUUCCAAGGGGGAGCACAAGCAGAGAGUCUUCUUGACGGUCUCUUUCGGUGGAAUCAAGAUUUACUGUGAAAGAUCGGGGGUGCUCCUGCAUCACCACUCAGUCCAUGAGAUCAGUUACAUCGCCAAGGACACCAGGGAUCACCGGGCUUUUGGUUACGUAUGUGGGAAGGAAGGCCAUCACAGGUUUGUGGCCAUCAAGACUUCGCAGUCGGCGGAGCCUCUCAUCAUUGACCUGCGCGACCUUUUCACACUCAUCUAUGACAUCAAACAGCGGGAGGAACUGGAAAAGAAGGCUCAGAAGGACAAACAGUGUGAGCAGGCGGUUUACCAGACCAUCCUGGAGGAUGAAGUGGAUGAUCCCGUUUACCAGUACAUAGUGUUUGAGGCCGGACACGAACCCCUCCGUGGCCCCCAGUCAGAGGAGAGCGUUUAUCAGGUCCCAACCAGUCAGCAGAAGGAAGGGAUCUAUGAUGUCCCAAAACGCCAUUUCAUGACUAAUAUUAACCACUUUGAUCUUUUCGGCGACAUGUCCACUCCUCCCUCGAUGCCUCCGUCUCCUGCCAACACACUGGAUCCAAGCAGGAGCAGUCGCCAGCAACAACACACUCCAGCUGAGAUGUACGCGCCGUUCAGCCCCACCUCCGUGCCAUCAGGUUAUAUGACAAUGGGCCCAGUGCAGGCAGCCCAGUGGGCACAGCAGCCAUUUCCUGCUCAGGCUCAGACUCUGGCCUUCCCCGUGCAGGGGCCCCUCCAGGUGGCUCAGGUCCUUCCUGGUGGUCAACCGCUCAUCUGGAGCCAGGCCAACAUUUUCCCCACCACUCAGCAACAGUGGGCGGCCAUGGCGGCGUAUAUGCCAGCCCAGACUGUUGGCGUGGGGGGCCAUGCCAUCCCAGCUGCCAUGCUCCAAGGCCUGGUUCCUAUUACUACCAUGUGUCCCCAAGCCUGCGACCUGUCAGCCCCGUCCUCGGCCAUCACCAGCCCCCAGCACACGGCCGACCCCGCGCUGCUCCAGAAGCAGCUGAGCCUGGCUAAAGAGGGCCUCGCCAUGGACUCGGAUGCGGGCGAGGGCCCCUCGUCAUCGGGAGCCGGAGCAGCAGGUGUGGGAUCAGGUAUCACCUCAGCAGUGGUGAGCAGGUGUGGGACUCCAGGCCUCAUGAGUGUACCAGACACACUGGCCUGCAGCCAGCUGCUGUCACCUUCAUCUGCUACAACCCAGGAAGAAGAGGGGAGCUGUAGUGACCUUGAUCUCUCGAGGAUGACCUUGAGCCCAGGCACAUCAACAUCACCGUCCACUGAAUCUCCGUCCACUCCAGCCCCUCAGCAAAGCUGCUCUUCUGACUGCCCGCCAUCCCAGGCCAGCGACCCCCCCACAGAUCACUCGCCGACAGAUCCAGAGGACAACCCCAGCAACACCAAGGAGGGCUCUGUUGAUGGAAGGUCGGUGUCUCCGGUGCUCAGUGAAGCUCCUGAUCCUACACAGGAUCCAGCCUGUUUACAGGACGACAAACACACAACCAUGUUUUCUACAGUCAACUUGCACCGCUGUCUACUCCGUGUUACUCUGAGCCUGGUGCUUAUAAGUGAAGCUGCCGUCACAACAGCAAGCAGCGAGGGGCCCAGUGUUCGUGAAGCUCGGUCAGUGGGAGGCCAAGUGGCAGCUCAGGCGUUGGACUGUGUUUUCUCAGAGUGGAGCGCCUGGUCACGCUGUGACACAUGUCAGAAGAAGAGAUACCGCUUUGCUAAGCUCGAUCAGCCGUCUCAGUUUGGAGGGGAGCCGUGCAAUUUUCACGACAGGGAGGAGGAGGCGUGUAGUGUUCCGGACCGCUACACCUGCGACAGUGUUCCUCUCUGUGAGGGGUUCCUCUGCACCCAAACAGGCCGCUGCAUUCACAGAACUCUGCAGUGCAAUGGAGAGGACGACUGCGGGGACAUGUCAGAUGAAGUCGGCUGUAAGAAGGUGCCCAAGCCCUGCAGGCAGGAAGCUGAGGAGUACUGGGGAAUUGAAAACCUCGCCAAAGGGAUCAACAUCUUGAACAGUAACCUGGAGGGACUGGUCCUUGAUAACAGAUACUACGCUGGCAGCUGCCUGCCCCAUUACAUCCAGGACGUCAGCUUCAGGAAGCCUCACAACUUACAACAAUACACUCUACAGACAAAGGGCUCGUAUGAUUUUAAUCUGCAGUCUUUUGAGUCAUACUCUGACUACAUGGACUACACACUGAAAGAGCGCAUGACCCAGACCACUGUCUCCAUUGGCUUUGCCAUCCCUGGUGUGUUUGAAUUUGGCUUCAACUACAAUAAAGCCAAAACCACCAAAUCCAUUCAGAAGAUUCGCCGUGCCUCUGGCAGGGUCAGCAGCUUUGUGAGAGCCAAAGCAGAACUGGAGUUGGCCCAGUACAUGCUGAAGUCGGACGAGUUGAUGCUUCACCCCGAGUUCCUGCAGCGCCUGCGCUCCUUGCCUCAGUCCUACGUGUACGGAGAAUACAGACAGAUCUACAGAGACUACGGCACCCACUACAUCACAGAGGCUGCCCUCGGAGGACAGUAUGAGCACACCAUCAUUCUGAACAAGGAGAAGCUCGAGAAGACAGGUUAUUCUUUGGAAGACUACAAGACCUGCACACAGGCAGGCCUUAAGGUUGGAGCCAACAUAUAUGGAGUGUACGUGUCAGCCGGGGUUCAAGGUGGAGCCUGCAACGGCCUGUUGAAUGAGAUGGGAGAGGACACGGUGGCGGGCAGCUCAGUGGAGGACUUUGUCGCUGUGGUGCGAGGUGGCAGCAGUGAAUCCAUCACUGCUCUGGUGUCGAAAAAACUUCCGACCCCACAGUUGAUGAGGCUUUGGGGUGAAGGAGUGCGCUACAACCCCGACUUCAUUCGUGCAACAACUCUGCCGCUGUAUGAGCUGGUGACCUCCAGGGAUUUCACCCACGAUGCUUCUCUGAAGAGGAACAUGAAGAGAGCGCUGUCCGAGUUCCUGACGGAGACCAACUCGUGCAGAUGUGCUCCCUGCCGCAACAACGGGGUGGCCGUGUUGAGAGGCACGAGGUGCGACUGUGUGUGUCCUGUUGGUUACACUGGACGGAGCUGUGAGAUCACUCAGAGGCAAAAAGACAUAGGCAUCGAUGGCAGCUGGAGCUGCUGGGGUGCAUGGUCGUCCUGCAGCGGAAGAACAAUGUCAAGGAGUCGACAGUGUGACAACCCAGCGCCCAGCAAUGGAGGCGCGGCCUGCUCAGGACUGCAGCAAGAGUCUACUGAAUGCUGAAUGUCAACGGUGACAUAAAUAUUCAUGUCAUAAAAAAAAACCUUCUAAAAGA